UACAAUAAGGAUUUAUGACAUUAGAAAUUAAUAUCUGUGGGAUUUAUUUUUGAUUUGGAAAUUUGGUGAUUGAUUAAGUUUAUAAAAUUACAUAAUUUACCUUGGAGAUAACUUAUAGUAAACACCCAUUUAUUGUUUUACUAUAAUAAUCUGUUAUGGCCAUAAGUCUUACGAAAUUGUCACGGUGUUGUCAAUAUAGUCGGCCUGUAUUUCGUAAUUUUUCAAUAACUAUGUCUAACAUGGAAAAGGUAAUGGAAGAUUUGCAAAAAAAUCCGUAUUUUGAGAAAUAUGCAGAUAGAAUUUCGGCCCUGCAAAAGACAUCUCCUGAGGAAUUUAUGCAACGGAUAGAGCAACAGCAGAAGGCUAAGAAAGAAGAAGUGAAGAAAAAGUUUGCUGCUGUUGAUACAAGACAAUUCUCAUCAGUGCUGAACCCCAAGGAGCCACUUCAGAGCACCUCAUCACCCGACCACAAAAGGCUCAGUGACAUAUUUAAAACAGAGUUGGUGGCUGAAAAGGAAACUUCUGAGAUAAAAACUAUUUGGGAAGAGUACCACAAACAUAAAGAUGUGAUAUCAGCAACAAUUCCACACAGUGUAUACUUGACCCUGCAGCAGCACAUGACAGAGUACCCUACAUUUUUGUUCCCAUUGCCGCGCUCGGAGGGCUAUGAGUUCAUCAUGUGCCAGAACCAAGGUCACACUGUGCACUUUACACCUUUACUGGCUUACCAGGUCCACAAAGAGAAUGCUCCAGAAUGUUUGACCAUGGUGCACUACACAGAACUGGUCCAUAAAGGAAUUGUGCUAAUGAGAGGUGAAUAUGACAAGAAUGUAUUGACUGGUCAAGAAGCUUUAUGUUUGGCCAACCAGUUCCAAAUGUAUUAUGAGGGCCGGGACAAGCGGAAACUGAAACUGUUGCAGACAUUCACCAGGAGCCCAGACACGUUCAAACAUAUGGACCUAAUUUCACAACUGGAAACCAUUGGGCUAUAAUAGUUUUGGUUUAAUUCCUGGCCAGUGUCUUGAACCUUAGAAUUAUUCUUGUUUUGUUUUCUUUAUCUUAUAAGCGACUGAGGUCAGAUUCAUGGAAACAUGUCAAACGUUGGGGUUGUACUAAUGAAAAACAUAUUAACGUUAUUAUCAGAACUUCCUUUUUUUUUUUGGAAAGCUGUGUUUUAUUUCUGUAUAGGUAGGUACAUUGUUAUUUUAUAUGUAUAACGUUGCAGCAUUUAGAAUCGUUAUAAAUAUUAUCAUAAUUUAUGUAUUAAUAAAUGUUAUAAAGAUUAA